AUGAGUUCAAACGGGGCGAGCGGUGAAGAGAAAUCGGACUGCGUUUCGUGUAGCGUAGAAGACCCCACAUCUUUGAGCUCUACAACAGUAUCGAGCCAAGUGCCAUCGUCUCUGCCCGACUCAAAGGCACCAACAGAUCUGCCACUCAGCAUUCCCUCUUACGACUUCCCAGCCCCACUUCAAGCCUCCAACUCGUCCAGCAGCACCACGCCCAGUCUGAUCAUCGAAUUCUGCGAUCGCUGUAGAUGGCUCCAUCGAGCCAGUUGGGUGCAGACCGAACUCCUCAUCACUUUUACUUCGGGUGGUGCCGUGCUGAGGAGCAGCACGCUCAUACCCAUGACGAUGGAUGAGACGGCCGGAAGGUUCAGGGUAUGGAUCAUCACCUCGCACAACCAGACGAUAUGUAUCAGCGAUCGAAAGUCCGAGGGAGGCUUUCCGGAGGUCAAAGUGUUGAAACAAAGGAUCAGAGACUUGAUAGCGCCAAACCAUUCGCUCGGACAUUCAGAUCGAGGAGGCAAAAAGGACUCCACUUCCAAUACGGACGCAUGACGAGUAUGAUCAGAUCCGCAUUCGUGAUUCUACCACGGCAGCCGGCCGGGUGCAUCCCGAGCGAAAACAGUGCCGUUCCGAGAGCAGCUGGUGCGCUUAGCUCGACAUGUAGUACGCGAUUACAACUUUGGAUGUAUUACAAUGUCUGAUGCAUACAGG